CAACCACAAACUGGAUACAUUGUACAUCGUGGUUUUACACAUCCAAUAAAACAGUUUGUUCGUCUCCAAUUCUUUUUAAAAUUGUCCUAUAUAGAAAUUUUGUAGAAGAGCCUUUACGACUUCAAUUUAAUUCAACAAAAUCAACGAAAGGAAUAUAUUUAUGGAAGGGAGCAUUAAGAUGAAAGCGUAUGUCGGAUGAAGAAAUUGAGUGUAGAAAAAAACUAACCACUGAAUGAGAACAUAUCCUCGAUUGUGAAACGUGUGUAGCUGUGUUUAACAUUUAGUUUGAAACAUUAUUUGUCAAUACUAAGCUGGUUAUUUCUGUUCCACCUAAAGUUUAGCAUCAUUCUUUAACCAUGACACUAUUUUAUUUGAGAACAGCAGAAGGCAGCCUUAACGAUGUCGCGCAAGCUCGUAAAUUACGUCAACUUCCACGUUCUGAGCGCGUUGUGCUCAGCAAGAAAUCAAACGAGCCUUUGACAAAGAAAAAUGAAAAUAAGAAAAGGCAACAAAACACAGAAAAGGCAGCAAAAAUUACGUCUAACACAGGAGUUCGGCACAAUGGCAAUAGUUACGCCAAAGAAAACAAGGCCACUCGUCAAAGAGGUAAACGAGAAAUUCUUCCUAAUGUUGGCAUGUUUAAAGCAAAGAUUUUAGUUAUUGGACCUACGGAGAGUGGUAAAACUGUGAUAUCAAAUUAUUUGGCUGAUGCCACUGAGAUAUCUGGUGGAGAAUACAAUCCAACACAAGGAGUAAGGAUCCUCGAAUUUGAGUGUUCUGGUAUAUCUCUUGGUAAAAAAGACGCAACUUGUGAGGUUGAACUAUGGGAUUGUAGCGGUGAUCCGAAAUUUGAAAAUUGUUGGCCCGCUAUUCAAAAAGAUGCGAUUGGUAUACUUUUUGUUUACAAUCCUGACCAAAUGGGACACGGAAAGCAAUUGGAAACAUUAUACGUUCAUUUCGUCCAAGAGCAAGGGUUGAAAGACACACAAUGUAUGGUGUUUGCCCACCACAAACCAGGCGCUAAUGACAAGACAAGAUCACAUAUACCUUCGUACCUUUCAAACAUCCCAUGUGUUCAAACGAACCUGGAGAGUGACUCAGACUUCGUAAAAGAAAAGUUCAAUGAUUUGCUGGCUAUUUUGAUGAGGAACUGGACAGAUAAACGCGAUCAGGAAGAACUCAGUAUAAUGAACAAUUGAAACACACGUCUUCCGACUUCAUAAAUAUUUUCAGUUAACGUUUCAAAACACUGUCCAAAAGCUCGUUUUAAAGAUGUUGCACCCAAAAACGUGCACAAUAAUGUUUGACUAAGCUUGAAAAUACCAAAUUCACUUUCAUGAUUCGCAGUUCACUUGACAUGAUUGAGCACAGUUCACCUCA